UUGUGUUUUUUUCCCAGGCGGCCAUGAAGGCAGCACAUGCAGUUGCAGAGAUGCUCGUGCAGCCGCAGCUCUCCUCACUGCGCUGCGCGGCUGCUGCGCAACACAGCAGAGAAAAAUGUGGAGACAGAGGACAACAACUGAGUCUCUGCACACAAAGUGACCCAUCAUGGACAGUCGGUGGCGCGACGGCGCUCACAGCCGCACAGGAGGCGCCGCCGGCGGCUUGAAAUCGGAGCGAGCGCCCCACCAAGAUGAGCCGUCCGGAGAGAGCGCGGACGCGACCGAGCCGCUGCGGGAGCUGCCGCAGUGGAUGCGGCUGUACUUCUACGGGAUGCACGGCGUGACUCUGGAUGUCCUGCUGUCGUCGCUGCACGGGGUUGUGAAUAAACGGGACCCCAAAUUGCUGGGAUUCUCCUCCCCGUAUCUUUGCGUCAUGCACUCACUGACCCAUUUCGCGCUGGAGAAGAUUUACUCACAGAAGAGGUGUUUCCGAAGUCGGCCUGUGGUCUUUCAUCUCGUCUUCUAUCCGUCCAUCUACAUCGGACUGCAGAUCCUGAUCGGCAACAUCAGCACGCCGACGGAGCAGGUGAGGCUCGUGUCAGGGACGCAGCUGGCUGUGAACUACAUCCUGGCUCUCUACUUCAGCCAGGUGUUCCACAGAGGGAUGUCAAAGCUUCAGUACCAAACCGAGCUCCCGAGCACACCCGAGCCGGAGGACAGGGGUGACAGCCGGGCCCGUCCUCGGUGUCUCCCGGGCCUUGUGCACUUUUUGUUUUUCGGGAUGCACGGCUUCCUGGACGAGGUCCUCUUCACCUCCUUGUUCAACCUGGUGGAGAAGUCGGACCGGACCCUGAGCGGCCACACGUCACUCUGGUCCUUCCUGAUGUACGGCAGCUGCAGCUUCGUGGUGGAGAAGCUUUACCUCCACCUGCACCUCAGCAGAGGCUGGGGGACCUGGCGGCGGCUCCCCGUCUACGUCUGCAUCAUCUACACCUGGGAGUUCACCUGGGGUCUGGUCCUGAGGCAGUUCGGCGCGUGCUCGUGGGACUACUCCCACUAUCCCCACAACUUCAUGGGCCUCAUCACCCUUCUCUACCUGCCCGGCUGGGUCUGCCUCAGUCUGUACCAGGACGUGUUGUCCAACGUCCUGCUGAAGAUCAAGUCCACCAAAACUGUGAAGGACAACAGAGAAGUCAAUGGAGAGCUGGAGUCCGAGAAACUUUAAUAUUUUCUUUCUUUUUGAGGUUUUACAGACUUGUUUUGGCAAAAAACUGACCAAUUUUUUUAACAGUUCAUGAAAUAUUAUGGCUUUAUUUAGACAAUUGUAAUUGAAUAGUGUGGGACCAGGCUUUGACUCUUACCCAAAAACCAUGCUUUUGCCCACAUUUUAACAAAAAUAAAAGAUACAUUCUUUGGUUCAUACAGAUGAGACAUGGCAACAGAUGUUGGGAUAGUAUACAUGGGGAUUUUAUAUAAACUUAUACCUCUUUAAAUGCAGUUUCUGCCAUUUUUGUGCACUGGCAUGCGUUAACUGUACUGCAUGAAAAAGCUAAAAAUGUCUUUAAUUUUUGUUCCAUGUUUGUAACAUAUAUAUAUCUAUAUAUAUAAUAUAUAAUAUAAUAUAUAUAUCUAUAUAUAAAGACAUUAUUUUGUUAUAUAUAUACAUAUAUAUACUGUAUAUAUAUAUAUAUAUAUAUAUUAAGUAUAUAUUGCCACCUAAAAUUCGAAAAAGUCAGUAUUUAAGACAGAGAUAAUAUAUGUAUAAUAUAAACCUAAAAUAAUAAUGUUUUAUCUUAUUUUAUUUGUGUAGAACCUGUCUGUAAAUGCAUGGCAACUUAGUGUAAAAAAAGAAAAGAAAAGAUAAACCCAGUAACGUGUAGCAAGAGAAGAAACAUGUAGCGGAACAAAUUGUGGAGGAGUGCGAUUUUACUGUGAAUUUUUCCAUGAACCAAAUGUGACUUAGCUGGAGUGCCUUCCUCUGCAAAUAUGAGUCAAAGAAUAAGGCUAAGUUUUUCAAUGGUCUCUUUAAAAAAAAAAAAAAAACUUUAUUACAAAGAGCUGCCGUUUUCCUUCCCCAGCAAAUGUUGUUGUUUUUUUUUCAUUUGUAUAAUGAAGGAAGCACUUACUAACCAAUGAUAAUGAAACCAAACUUGAACAGUGCAGAUACAUGUUGAUAAUAAUAAAAAGAUGUACAGGUUGUUAUGUCUUUAAA